AGAUAAAGUGCAGGUUUCCCAGGCUAUUAGGAACAACAGUUAUUUCCUUCUCCCCGGCGAGAGCGGUGCGUUCCGACUGUACGUCGUAGCUCGAGACAACAGCAUCUCUUUCUCGUCUCAGAGUAGGACCGAUACGGAGCGCGACCGCGUUUUUCCAAACCGCAGAACAUCUCCUUGAUAAGCAGACAUGUUCCUGGUGCUCGUCGUGUCACUUUUACUGGCCGCUCGUCAUCCGGGGAAAGCGUCCGUCCUCCGUCGUUCUGCGGAAGGACCCGACGAUGCUCGAUCCGCUCCGUCUAUCAGGAACGACAGAUGCCUGGGAGAUCCGGUGCAGAGCGUCCGUAAGUUCAUACUGGACUCUCUGGAUCUACAGACGGAGCCUCGCGUGUCUGUUCCUGGAAUGGCUCAGAUACGAGAGAAGUGGAGAAACCAAUUCAAAGCCGCCGGAGAUCCGAAGAGCCCCGAAGAGCGCCGCGCCGCAGAAAACACACAACCUUCAUCAUCAUCAUCAUCAUCAUCAUCAGCCAUCACCAAUUCAACACACCUCCAAUGUUGCAAGUUUGCCUCCCAGGUUUUCCUAAAAGAUCUGGACUGGGACGAGUGGAUCAUUUACCCAGAGAGCUUCACCUUCGUCCAGUGCAGCGUUUGCGUCCCUCAGCAGAAUCAGCGUAGCGUGUUUAAUUGCCCAGAUGAUGACCCUUCGCCUCUGGACGCUCCCUCACAGAAGCCGUGCUGCGAGGCGACCUCACGUGACCCGGUGCCCUUCCUGUACCUGGAUGAAACCAGCUCUCUCGUUAUCAGCUCCGUGGCCCUGAGCCGUGAGUGCGGCUGCAGCCUCGAUGACCCCCAGGCCCUUUAACCGUGAAGCGGACGACGCCUCGACACCCCGACGCCUACAGUAACACGUGCCUCCCCCUACCUCUUUACGUCACACAGGUCUGUCACGGGUCACGUCAUCGUUACGUACCGAUCCCGCGACGGCUUCUUCGCGUAUGUGUUUAUUAUCAUUACUCACUGCUCCGUGCUGCUUUUAGGUCUUUGGUAAACACCGUGGAUUUUUCUAGCCUUUAAGAGAACGCAGAUGAUGCAGACGAUGGCCAAAAAAAAUAAUAUUGAGUAAUUUAAUUUUGCAGAGAAAUUUGAGGUCACGCUCUUUGAGUACUGAUGGAUUUCUUCACGUGACUGGUUUUAUAGCUUCAUAGCUGGAGUCUGGAAAGGGAUUAGAUAACAGCUACUGGGUGUUCCUCACAAAAAUGUGGGCACUGCAUAAGUCUAACCAUGCCAGACUCCGGUUUCCCAGUCGGGGCCUCUUGGGUUAUUUAAACAGCAUAAUCACGUCCAUGUAGUGUUGGAGCUGGAGCUGGAGCUGGAGCUGGAGCUGGAGCUGACUUUCAGACC